AUGGCUCGAUACCCGCCUCCGAGGCGCCUAGACCGACGCGCCGGGCCCUAUUGCUUUCCGCCUUCGCACCGUCCCCAGCAUGCGCCCUUUGACGUCGAAGGUGCGAGCGAAAGAGUCUCAUCGAUCCGAUCGAGGUGGCAGAGCAUCGAGGGCAAUCGGGAGGCGUGGAUCCAGCGCGACCAGAGCGAAGCAUUCGAGGCGUCGCUCUCCGCGUCGUCCCAGGAAGCCGUGACAGCCGACCCAAGCGGCUCCUCCCAGGGCGAACCCACGUGCUCGCCCGAAAGCGAGCUCAAUCAAGCCCGUUUGGGCGGUCAUGACAUGCCGCCCCCUCCUCCGCCCGUCGAGGAGCUCCUUCGGACGUCGAUGACUGCGCUGCUGCCCACUGAUGUCAGCUGCGGCAUCACCACACUGGCAGUCGGCACGCGUCUGUUUGAAACGAGGCCGGCCAUACGGCCGCUCCAGGCCUGUCUGACGGCGUCGGGCAGCCUCUUUGUCGACGUAGACACGGGCGCCCGAAUUACCCGCAACGACCUGCUCCCGCCAGAUUUACGCUGCCGCCACAGCGACACGGUGCUCGCCGACACGCGCGCCAUUUGGCCCUUCGUCGCCGACCAGGAUCAGCCGGAAGAGAUCCGCCCGGGACGACACGACGAGCGACUCGGCCUCUUCGAGAUCGUGCUCGCCGAUGUGGUGCACGUGUGGACCUCGUCGGCCAAGCGUCCAGGUUAUGUUGUCCUCAGCAUCAAGGAGGGAAGCGCCACCGCGCAACGCAUCGAGGCCCUCUCGACUGCGUCGGCCUUUUUCUGUGGCGCAAGUUGCCAAAAGGCGCGCAUCGAGGCCCACCCACAACAGCGCAUCGUGCUCCAUCUCGACGUGGCCAAAAAGGCGGCACAGAUCGUCGAGCACGCGGUCCUCGCCCGCGAAGCUCAGGCUGAGCACCAGCCUCUCGACCUUUGCGAGCCGGCAACGCUACAACGGCUCCGAAGCGUGGCCGAUGGGCUCAUCGCCAAGAUCUGGCUGGAGCUCGUCGACCGGAUCCAGCGAUCAAGCGGUCCGAUUACGUUCCUGGCGGCGCGACACCUCGACGAGACGCUGUCGACGCUCCUGAAUUGUGCGACGAAGGCCCAGGCGACCGAGAUGCCCUUCUUCCACGACAUCGUCCGCCUACCCGCCGCGCUCUUCUCCGUCGAUGGCACCGUCUACCUUGCUUCGGCGGCCACGGCAGCUCGCCCGGCGCGGCCGGCCGAGAGGAUCCGAUUGGCCUGGGACGACCCGCAAGAGUCCAAGUCGAUCGACUGGAGCGCUCAGCGCGUCGUCUGGCUUCGCCUGGCAAGGGAGCUGCGCGCAGUCGUCUCGGAACCGUCGAGCCCCGGCAGGGCACCCGAGGACGACGAGGUGGACGGGGUGGAGCGCUGCGUUCUGCUGUGGCCCAACGCGACAGAGAUCGAAAGGCUGAUCAAGAUCGAGGCGAUGGUCAUCGACGUCGGGCAGGACUGCAACACAGCCACCUGGAGGAGUGAGGUGGAGAUCGACCAGACCGACAUCAAGCUGCUGGAGGUCGAUCUCGGGAGGACGACAUUGGUGGCCAUCACCCUGAAGCGCGCGAGCGCCUCGUCGACGUGCAUCAACGUCUGUCCACCGGACCAGCGUAUCCCUCGACGUUCCAGAGAAGACUCUUCUGCGGCGGCAUCGCAUUGCGGCUUUGGCCAGGCGGGCUUUUUGCCACCGGUGCAGAGCGUCGGGGCCGACAAGGUGGUCGUCUGCCUCGAUCUGGACGCCCGAGCGCCGAGCACCGAUCCCGCCAAUGCGGCGCACCUGGCACAACUGCUGGAGCUGCUCAGGUGCGAGCUGGGAGAUGAGCGCGUACGUCCGCUCGAAAAGGAAGAAGCAAAGCGUCUGAGUGCGGCGCUGGGCGUGUGA